AUGUUUUCCGAGAAAACCUUUAAGAAAGCCGAGGAAAUGAAGAAGCGUAACGAAGAUCGUGUUGCUGAACUUCAGAAGCUUGCUCAGGUUUCCAAUAAGACUAAAGAGACGCAUCUCAAUUUUAACGAGAAAUUGCCAAAAACUCUUGGGAAACACCUCCAUUUUGAUGUCACUGAGGCUUUGAAAGAACCUUUGACCGCGCUGAGCAACGAUAUUGGCCGGUAUACAGAAGAAAUGAAAAGAAUGGACGAAGAAGAAGCUGAAUUAAACAGACAAAUUUUGGAAAAAGGGAAAUAUUUGGAGAAAAGGAGGUACUGUUUACAAUAUUUUUGUUUCUAUUUGGAUAAUGAACUUUUAAUAGCGUUAAGUUUUGUAUGGUGGUACUUGUACUAAUGAAUUUACAGUAAUAAUUGCUUUGUUUUAGUGCUGAAAAUGCUGCGAAACAAAAAAUACUGGAUCAGAUCAAACAGGAAGUUGAGUCAUACCAAGAAGAAAUGCGAAUUCAACGGGAGAUUGUGGCGGAGAAGAUUAAUAUAAGGAAAGCGAUAGAGAGGGAACAAAAUCGUUUGGUACAACUACAAAUUUGA